AUGGAGGUCGACAAAGCAGGCACGGCCAGCGGUCGUGGUCCAGAAGACCCAGACCUAGAAAUAAUAGAUGAAGCUCAAGCUGAAACAUCGAAGUCUGUAGAACUAAAUGCAGAAAAAAAUCCUUGGCCACAUUUGGAAGAUUUCUUUUUGUUCAAGCGUAGGAAAGGCAACAGCAUCAUCAUGCAGUGCAAGAUGUGCCUCCUAACAGUGAAGUACCUGUCUGCUUUCAACAACUCCACUUCAAAUCUGCAGAAGCAUGUUUUGUCCUUUCAUCAUGGCACUGGCGGAGUGAGAGUUAUUGAGCUGGCGGGCCUGGCUCCUGCACCGUUCUGUGGCAUGAUCCUGGCAGACUUUGGAGCCAAGGUGAUCCGCGUGGACCGGACCAAGGUAGCCAUGGCGAUGGAUACACAAGCGCGGGGAAAACAAUCUGUGGCCAUCAAUCUGAAGACUACUGAGGGUGUAGCCUUGCUCAGGAAGCUCUGUGUCCAGUCUGAUGUCGUGCUUGAGCCCUAUCGUAAAGGUGUGAUGGAGAAACUGGGCCUCGGCCCACAGGAGCUGUUAAAGGAAAAUCCUCGUCUGAUCUACGCUCGGUUGACGGGGUAUGGACAGGUUGGAUCUUACGCCACUGCAGCUGGGCAUGACAUCAACUACCUCGCCAUGUCAGGCCUUUUAUCUCGGCUGGGUCGCAGUGGAGAGAAGCCCUAUGCUCCACUGAAUCUGUUAGCAGACUUUGCGGGAGGCGGUCUGACUUGUGCCCUGGGGAUAGUUCUCGCACUGCUGGAGAGGACAAAGUCAGGGAAAGGACAGAUCAUCGAUGCUAGCAUGGUGGAAGGAGCUGCAUAUGUGGGUUCAUUUGUAUGGAAAUCUCGUAGUAUUGGUAUGUGGGACCGCUCCAGAGGAGAGAACAUGUUGGACAGCGGAGCGCCCUUCUACGAUACCUACCAGACUUCAGAUGGAAAGCACAUGGCUGUGGGUGCCAUAGAACCACAGUUCUACAGACAGCUACUUAAGGGCUUACAGUUGGACGCUGAAGAGUUGCCUCCUCAGAUGAGCUUCAGUGAUUGGCCAGAGCUGAGACGGAUGUUCACAGAGCGUUUUGCUUCAAAGACCCAGGCAGAUUGGUCGAGGAUUUUUGAUGGGACCGAUGCCUGCGUUACACCUGUGUUGUCUUUCGACCAGGUGAGCUCCCACCCACAUAACCAGGAAAGAGCUUCUUUCAUGAAGGACUCCAACGGGGAGGAAAGCCCCCGGCCUGCCCCGGUUCUCUCUCGGACUCCUGCUGAGCCGUGCCUCACCUCUGACCCAGUUAUUGGAGAACACACGGUCAAGGUCCUCGAGGAGUACGGCUUUACAUCGUCAGAGAUAAACCAGAUGCUAGCAGCAGGGGUCGUAGAGUGUAAUGCUGCCAAGGCAAAACUGUAGAGGAGAACAAUUCAGCAGUUUUAAAAUCCACGGCUGCACCAUCGUUUAGUUAAGGAUGGAUCAAACUGAACUUUGACUUUGAAGACCUGCCAUCUAAAUCAUGUCUAACACAACUGUUCAAGAAUCAAAUGAUAAGGGAAAAUGAAAAGGAAAAAUUUCUUUUCUUUUCAUGACCAAGACAUUCGAGCUGAGUAUUUAUGUAGUUUGAAAGCUUGAGAAAUCUCUCCAUCUCACCCAUUUGCAUCAAUCCUCUCAGGCUACUGCAACGCAUGUUUUCUAGUAUAAGCAGAGUUUACAUAUCCCACACACCUCUAGUGUAGGCGUGCCUGGAUUGGACAAGGUGAAAGGCCAUCCUGUGGGCUCUCAUGGUACAUGGUUACAGCUCGGAAUAAAUAAAAAUAAAAUUAAGUCAGAAUUACCAAAAUAAUAAUAAAUAAAUAGACCAGGACGUCUUAGUUUGACAUUUUCAUACCUUAAGUCCACUGAUUGCACAUACAACUGUUAGCUAUGGCAGCUGGAGAGCUCUGAACAUGAAAGUAUCAAGUUUUGCAAAAACUAAAAUGGCCUUUAAAAAAAGUCAUAAUUUUUAAUUGCCUAAUUCAUUCACCCAAUUUAUAGAGCUUAUCUGUGUCUAGGUUAUAUUAUUUUAAUAAUUAUUUCAGUUGGAGUUUACUCCUGGGAGGUACGGUGAAGAAAUGAUAAAAAUACUACUGGUUUUCCAUCAUACGUUCAUACUUUAGCCAAUAUAAUUGUGUAUGUUGUAUUCUAUAUGCUAUUAAAAACGUCUUGGUG